AUGAGUCUAAAUAGUUGUAAAUUAAAGGAAGCUCAAGUUUUGGCGCGGAAGUUCGUCGACUUCCUAAACGCCACGGGCUCUCCUUUCCACACAGUCAAACAACUCUCUCUUUACCUUACCAACCAUCUUCCCAUCAAACACCUCAAUGAAUUAAGAUGUGUAACUGAGCAAUUUUUUAGUGAGAAUUGGAAAUUGGAAAAUGGACAAAGUUAUUACGUUACUAAUAAUAAUGGCACUAUGAUGGCCUUCAAUAUAGGUAAGAAAUUUGAUCCGAGCAAGGGUGGAUUGAUACUGGUUUGUUCUCAUACUGAUUCUCCUUGCCUUAAGUUGGAUUUUAAGUGUCAUGUUAACAAUAAAGGUUUUAAUCAGUUAUCAGUAACAACGUAUGGUGGAGGGUUGUGGCAUACUUGGAUGGACCGUGAUUUAGGUUUAGCUGGAAAAGUUGUAGUCAAGUCUAACGGCAAACUAGAAGAAAAGUUAUUACAUGUCCAAAAACCCUUGAUUUUAUUACCAAAUCUAGCAAUUCAUCUACAAAACUCAACUGAACGAGAAGCACUUAAACUUAACAAGGAUAAUCAUUUGAAGCCGUUAAUUAGCACUGAAGUUGUACAUAAUCUUAACUCAACACAAACUGAACCACUUCUCAAACUCGUCUCAUCGUAUCACUCUCUAGCCAUACAUUUAUACUAUAUAGUUAAUAUUAUAACUGUCAUUGCAAUAUGUUUUAGUGAAUUGAAAUGUGAAGUUGAGGACUUGGUUGAUUUUGAGUUGUGUUUGAUGGACUCGAACCCCUCUUGUUUGUCUGGUGUUUACGAGGAAUUCGUUUCCAGUGGUCGACUCGAUAAUCUUGGAUCUUGUUUUGGAUCUAUUUCUGCCUUCACUGACUUUGUCCUUAAUCAAGGAGAGGAUAACGACGCUGUGGUAGUGACUGUGAGUUACAAUUAUGAAGAAAUUGGUUCAUCAUUAAGUUACGGCGCAGAUUCUAACGUGACGUUUCUAUGGCUGGAGAAGCUUUUUGGAGCUCUGGGCUGUUCAUUGAUGGAAACGCGGGACAGAGCGUUGGUGGUUAGCGCUGACAUGACUCACGGAGUUCACCCUAACUACUCAGAGAAACACAUCUCAACUCACUCGCCAGCGUUUCACGCCGGAGUUGUUCUCAAGUGGAACGUCAACGGCCGCUACGCCACAGAAACUCAUUCAUCUUCUCUACUGCGCACAGCUGCUGCUUCUGCUGGAGUUCCCUUGCAGGAGUUUAGGGUCGGGAACGAGACACCUUGCGGCAGCACUGUAGGUCCAAUUCUUGGUUCUCGUCUCUGUGUUCCAGUGGCUGACGUUGGUUUUCCCCAACUGGCAAUGCAUUCAUGCCGUGAAAUGUGUAGCACCGUCGAUUUACUAAACUUUAAACUUUUAUUACAGGUUCUUUUAUUUAUGGUUUAA